UUUCAUACAUAUACCAUCACAUUAAUAUUUAUAACAACAAUACUAGCUAACACAAAAAUAUCAUCAAUCCAAAUAAUAAAAUUCCAAAUUUUAAGAUCAUAUAUAUUAUUUCUUCCAUUAAUAUCAUGCAAAUAAAUGAUGAUGAUGAUAAAGUGAUGUUAUUAUCAUCACCUCCGUGGGAAAUCUUAAACCUAGUUUCUCAUUACUUAGACCCAAACACCUUAGCCAUUGCCACGUGUGUGUCUAAAACAUGGUCCACGUGUUUCUCCUCCGACCACUUGUGGGACCCACUUUGCACGGCCACCUUCCCCACCCUUGCAACCACCCUCGGGUCGGUAGCCGCCUCGCUCCCUCGCCACCGCCUCUACGCUCUCGGCCACACCGCGGCCCUUUGCCGCCAAUGGAAGCCUCGUAAGCCUCGGCUCUCCCUCGACCACCUUCUCUUUGUCAUCGCGGUCCACCUCCCCGGUGGAUCGUUGAAUAUGAUCAAGCCAUGCAUCGACAUGCGGAGGGACCCACACGGGUUGUUUAGGUUCGACGUUGAGGUGGUGGAGGAGAGGGAGUUGAGCUUGGAGGAGUUGAAGGAGGCGAAGGUGACGUGGACGGUGGCGGAGAAGGAAUGGAAGGCGGUGUUUGUGUUAGCUGAGGAGAGUGUUGGGAAGUUGGCUUCUGGUGUUGACGGGUUCUUUUCAAAGGAGUUGCCGUCGCCCGGGUGUUGCUCGAACACCAUGUCGAGCGGGCUCGUGGCGGAUAUUCGAUUCGGGUUGAAGGAUAGUCAAGAUAGUAGCAGGAGGAGUAGUGGUGAUAGAAUGAGUAGGAUUGAGAAGGUGAGUGUUGGGGUUAUGAGUGUGCUUAAUUGGAGACAUGUUAGUGUUGAGGAUGUCCUAUUUUACUUGGAGCACUUCCUUCAAGUUUGAUUAGGAUCGGAUGUCAUCAAGUACUCGCUCUGUCCCUUAAUAUCUCACUUAUAAGGAAAUUAUUAGGGCAAUUUUGAAAGAAAGGGUGUAUACAAAUUUUAUCUCCUAAUUGGUAAUUAGGAAAUCAAGAUAUAUCGUUCAAGACGUACUCAAUAGUGUAGUAUUUUUUUUGUUUUGUAUUUUUAUGUUCUACUUUUGUAGGUUGGU